UUUUCAUCAUCCCAUUGCAUGAAUUUUUAACUCUCAUGUUAAGAGAAAUAGCUGGAAAUGGAAUUCUUUUCCACAAACAAGGAAGAGAGCGCGGACAAGGGUGGUCAGCUGUUGCAAAUGUUAUUAAUACUUACGUGAAAAUGUUAUUAAUACUUAGAUAUUUUUCUGAUACUGAAAACAAAAAUGACAAUGAGUCACAACAGAAGAAACUUGUAAAUGAAACUGAAAAAAAUAAAACAGUAGAAAUGCGAGCAAAGGCCAUGGAAAGAUUUGGCAAAACUCGAAAACGAAACGAUGAGAACAAUGUAAGUCCAAAAAAAUAUUGAUAAAUCGAAGAAGCAGUUCAGACACUUGUGUUUCUGAAGGAACAAUUAGAAUACGAUGAAGAAAAUAAAAAACUAGAGAGAGAGCAAAUUGCUCAUGGACAUGAACUUUUAAGACAGCAAUUUGAGAUGCAACAACGCAAUGUUACAACAGAUGCUUGCCAUGAUGGCUUAACAGAACACUUUACUUAAUGCCAGAGCCGUGUUGUAACCUUUUGGGGCCCUGUGCUGUAACUUUUUGUUUCCUUUAAAAAAAAAAUUUUUCAACUUUAUUGAAUUCAUUUUUAUUGGGUUUUAUUUCUAAAAAAAAAAAAAUAUACAAAGAAAUUAUAAAUCAAUUUUCCUAGCUCUUUUGCGGUUGCAUUUUCUAUCGACUGUA